UUAUGUACCCCCAUUCGCCAUCAUUCAUUACUCAUGUCGUGAGAUUUACUAAUUUUCUGCCGAAGCUUGAGGAGUUUGAUUACUAAUGAUGGAAUAUUGGCCACUCAAGCUCGGCUUUGCAGCUUGUCUCAUUGCUGCGGCGGCCAUUCAUGGAGCUCAAGCGGACGCCACGGUCACCGGCAAUGUCUUCUGUGACCAAUGCAAAGAUGGCCAGAUUUCACAUUUUGAUUAUCCCCUCUAUGGAAUAAAAGUUGGAGUGAAGUGCGAGGACAGUAACGGGCAAGUCACACUGUGGAGGGAAGAGGCUACAAAUUGGUUUGGAAGCUACGCCAUCAGAAUAGAGGGCAGCCCUGAUUUAAGUGGGUGCUAUGCCCAGGUUUCAGGGAGCGGGCAAGCCUCCAAGAGUUGUGUGGCCAUGGCCGGCCCGCCCAGACAAUUGAAACUCACCUUCAGGCUCUUUGAUACCAAUCUAUACAGUGUGGAUCCUCUGCUUUCCCAGCCCGCUCAGCCCAUGUCCUUCUGUCCUAAAUCCGCCGCCCCGGCACCCCCUGCGCCCGUCAGGCCUCCAGCUAUCAAGCCCUCGCCGAUACCACCGACGCCUUUCUUGCAUCCUUCUGCCUGCCCAUACUGGAGCUGGACGAUGCGGGAGCACAAGUGCUACUGGAAGGUGGUGGCGCCGGACACGAAAGUAGCUGUGGUCUACGGCUUGGUAGCGGCGAGAAGAUACGGGACGGACAUGACGCUGUGGAAGGCGAUGCAAGGCAGGGGAGACCCUUACAGAACUCUUCUAAGGGAAGCGACAACGGCUCUUCUAAACUCCUAUUCCAGCUUUCAGUUCCCAUACCACCCGCUUGUUGUCAUCCAGGACCUGAAUUGGGCGUUGAUCGGAUCCACUCGCCGAGUUCUUCACACAGCCUUGCGCUUCAAGAGGGCUAACUCUGGCUACGGCAAAGUGGGCUGCAAAUUCACCCCUUGCAAGUCAUAAAUCACGAUUCACGAGCCUUUCCAGUUCCACCUCAUAUAUAUUAUGCUUAUUGUACUACUAUUCCCUGAUUAGUGAUAUUGUGAAUGUGCGAGAUUACUCAAUUCGGCUACUUGUCAUUCCUUCUGUUAUAAUAAUAAGAAUAAUAAUGUUAGUUCUCA